AUGUCGGACUCAACACCGCUUGGUUCCCUGGACGAAACAGAAUCCACUAGAUGGACGGUAGAUGAUGCUGCUCUCCCUUCUCAGCUCAACCUACGAUUACACGAUUGUGACCUUUGCAAUCUGCUAUGGCUUCGUCCGAACUUAGAGGGCAAAAAAGCAGUAGGGGCAUCCCACCCUUUUCACCAUACACAUCACGACGCAGAAGGCGCCACCAGCAGAUCGCUUGUAGCAUUCAUCGCAGCAGUGUCCUUAGAUGAAGGACAUCAAUACUUCAGGCCUGCGGGUAUUGGAGUGUUCUUCAACGAGCAUUCCAUCUUGAACAUCUCCAAUUCCUUCAAUAUGACAUAUCAGCUGGAGUGUUCUCGUUCGGGAUCUCGUGGUCUGGUCCCUCAUUUGGCAGCAGCGAGGAGUGCACUGCAAACAGUCCGUACAGCGAUUGUUCCAGACAGGAUACAAGCUCUGCGAAGCGCUGCCUCGCACUACGGUUGGUCAGAAAUUGAUGUCCAAGCAGUCGCACGCUUCCAACUUAUAGUUGCAACCGACUCGCAAGUCUUGCUGGACGAAAUAAGCAGCUGGAAGUCGAGUAACCAACUUCGAAGCUCGUUGGAUAUUGGUGAACCUGGCGAAAAGGACUUUUUGGUCGAUCUUCUUGAUCAAAUCGAGGCCUUGUCAAGGCUUGGGAUUCAGGUGAUGUGGUCUCGUGUCAGAGAGAGGUGGAAUCGACCUGCGAGGAAGCUGGCGGCUGAUGCUGUUAUUGGCCAUUGUGUGAGGUUGGAGGGGAGGAAGCCAUCGCGUAUCACUGAUUUGUAUUGUUAG